UAAAAUUUGUAUGCGAUCCGCAUAUCGGGAAGGUAUUGAGUUACGCAGUAGAUGCGGUUAAAAAUUUGUUUCCCAUUUUCAUUUGGACUUCUUAAUUUCAGUGUUCAGUUUUUUUCAAGGAAAUCGUCCGGGACAGAAACACCUUCCGUCCGUGUAUACAACACCUGUGUGCAGCUGCGCUGGGUUACGAAUAGGAAUGGCAUGUUGCGCUGGAUAAACACAGAUGCAGCACCCACACAUCGAGUAACGGGGAACUAGCGGCUCGAUUUCCAGUCAGUCGCUGAAUAGAGCGCUGUCGUGGGAGGGUGUGUGCUAAAUGAGCUGCAAGGAAUGACUCAGUGAUGAAACACGCCCGGUGCUCACAUCAUCUAGACAUCUCAUCGCCACCUGUGAAUUAAACUGCUUACAACAGUGGAAAUCCAUGAAUAUUUGACUACAUGUGGAGAUUUACUCUAGUGACAUAGUGUCGUAGUGAGCAAUUCUAUAAAUUCUGCAUCGAAACUUGAGUUAGACUGUGCUGACUGAGUUAGAAUAACGUCAACUGAUUCUUUUCCACUCAUUUAAAUAAUGGAAAGAAACCGGUGUAACUCUUAAUCUCUUUUCAAGUUCAAGGAUCUUCAGAUGCACUGGCAAAACUAUGAUAAAUCAUACUGUAAUGUGGAGGAAAUGAUCAGUGAGUGAUCAAAGAAACAGAUCUUUUGAAAUAAUUCAGGAUUAUCUUUUUUGUGACGGAAUAAUAGCCAUCAUGAAGGUGACAGUUUGUUUUGGAGCAAUCAAAGUUAUUGUCCCAUGUGGAGAGGGAACAUUGAGUGUCGGGGAACUGAUUGACAAGUCUGUGCAGAGAUACAAGAAGGCUACAGGACGAAGUCCUGACUACUGGGUGCACGUUCACAGCUUAGCGAGUCAGAGCGAAGGCGGUAUACUGGACGUUGAUGAUGUUGUCUCCGAUGUAGCCGACGACCGUGAGAAGCUUACAGCUCAUUUUGAGGAGCAGGAUCCUAACAGAGCGCAUGUCGUCAGCAACCAUCUACUCGGCGAUGGGACCAGUACCUGUGCCAGCUCUGUAGGGACCGCCAGCCCCAUCAACUUCUCGGAUAUGAACCACGUCAACAACAGCAACAACAAGACCCACCACAUGCACCACAGCCACCACAGCCCUCACAUGAAUGGUACAUUGGAGGAGGACAAUGAGAUGGAUGUCGUGGUAACGGGGGAGGAGUCAAAUUCCAAGUUGUUAGUGAGGAGAGGGAGUGACCCUGUCAUCACUAGCAUGUUAACUAAAUCAGAUGUGAACGGUGAAAACACAGUCAUGGACAAGAAUGCCAAUACUUUGCCUGCAAAGACGUCUUCUAGCGACAAGCCACGGUCUCGUCGGGGAAGUCGCGAUGAGCUGCUCAAUAGUGCCUUCUCACGUUUUGGUCGUGACUCCGCUGGAUCUGCCCGUCAGUCGCUCUCCAGCGCUCAUCCAAGCAUGAACAAGUGGACCGAUGCACAGCAGAAGGCGGAGAGUCAAGUGAGUAGUCUUAAAGGAGGUUCUGAGAGAGGUCCCGAUGUUAUGAUAGAAGGCGACCAAGAUGCAGAGACUGACAGUAUUGUACUUACGAAUGAUGGGACACCACUGGGUGUUCAUAUCAUCAGCAAGAUAGAGCAAGAAGAUGGAAGUGCGUUUGGUAUAGUGGUACACAGCAUUGAGGCUGGUGGUAGGGCUGCCCGUGAUGGUCGUCUCAGGCCUGGUGAUUACAUUGUACAGAUCAAUGGCAGUGAUAUAUCACUGCACUCUUUCAAUCGAGCACAAGAGAUGCUGCGAGAUGCGAUGCGCAACCCCACUGUCAAGCUGACCUUACAACGAGAUACCUUCUUCAGCUCUGAGGCAGCCGUCGGCGGCACAACACCGAGAGAGAACGGCCAUCUUCACAUCACCAUUCCACCAAAGUCCCCAGACGGGAAAGUCCCUCCAGUCAUCCCAGUGCGAUCUCCUACCACGGCACUCUCGUCCCCUACAGACCCUAAGAGCCCCAACGCCAAGCUUAUAGCACCCAUGAGCACCAGGAGAAUUGGUCGCAAACUAUAUAUUCAACUCAUGAAAGGUCCUCAAGGGUUAGGCUUCAGUGUGACAUCUCGGGACAACCCCACUGGUGGAAAGAACCCCAUCUUCAUCAAGAACAUCCUGCCUAAAGGAGCUGCUAUAUGUGAUGGCAGGCUCAAACCAGGAGACAGGGUGAUGGAGGUGAAUGGUAUCGAGAUGACUGGUAAGAGCCAGAGUGAAGCUGUAUCCAUCCUGCGUAGUGUGAAGCUAGGAGGUGUGGUCAACCUCGUAGUGUCCAGACAGGACUCACCAGUCAAGAUGGUCCCAAGACAACUGCAGCCUGAGGAUGCUGCUCCUGUGGAAGACCCGGUCACCUCUCCCCAGAACAGGGCAGUGAUGACCUUUGACAUCCCCCUGAAUGACACAGGGUCAGCGGGGUUAGGGGUCAGCGUCAAGGGCAAGACCAGUGGAGCUACAGAGGAUCAUAGCAGUAAGGAUCUAGGAAUCUUCAUCAAGUCUGUUAUCCAUGGCGGAGCAGCGUCUAAGGAUUGUCGUCUACGCCCAAACGACCAGCUUCUGUGCAUCAACGAUACCUCCCUGGCCAACAUGUCUAACAGCGAAGCCAUGGAGACGCUUCGCCUGGCAAUGUCUCACGAGAAGUCCCCCCGCUCCACCAUCUCACUGGUGAUCGCCCGGCGACUCGACCAGCAGGAACCCACCUUCCACACCAACAACCUCAACAAGGGUGCUACGAGUCCCGCGACGGAUCGCAACGUAGACAGCGGUCUCCUGUCUCCGCUCCCUCAAAAGGACGGCAACUUUGGGAUGCCUAACAGCCUCUCGGACGGAGUCCUCAGCUCCCGGACCAUGAACGGUGGUGGCAUGCAUCGUGGAAACGAGAUCGUAGUGCAGGCGUCGGUGGAACCGCAUCAUGCCACGUCACCGAGGCACCAGGGGGCUAAGGUCACCUAUCCCGGCAGCGAUGGAGAGCCUAUCUACAGUAGAGGGGCAAGGAAGUCUUCGAGUGGACAGACGCUUCCGUCAUCAGGUUCAGGGGAGACAGCGAUGCAGGCUGAUGCUAGCCCACCACCUAUGCACCUGUCCAUCCACAGCUCACCUUCCGCUAGGGCGCCCUCACCCCCUCAAUGGCUCCUGGACUGGGAGAACGGUGCUAAAGAUGGGGAGCUGAGUCCAUUACCAGAUCCUGACAAUUUUGCUCGAGACAACUAUGCCAGGGCCAGCUUUUCAGAGAGGCGUCAAGGGGGCUCACUGGAUGCUAAACAGAUGGCUUGGUACAAGAAAACAAAAGGCGAGGCACCAAAUAAACAAAUAACCUCAGCACAAAAAGAUGUCGCCGCCAGUACGAGUAGUCUGCUCCGAUCGAGCUCGAUGGAUUCCCUCCUCGACUCUAAACCUAGCACUAGCCGGGUUGAAGAGAGUUCUUCCAAAACCAUGGGGCCCGGUUUGGGUAUGGAAAAGUCUAGCUCACUUGAGAGCCUUCAGGUGGCAGUUGCCAAUGUUCAUCAACAGAGGGAGGACUUCCCUGGUCGACCCCGAGCGAAGGUCAGGAGAGGUCGCGUCUGUAACGACAGCUUCAGAGCAGCGGUGGACAGGUCUUACGGUGACCAAUCACCCAAUGGAGAUAUGCCACCAAUGUAUACAGUGAUGGAGGCUGAGGAGAAUGGAGGCUACGGCAUCUCAAGGUCCAGUGGAGGAGGUGGAGGAGGAGACGGUAGCAUCCAGUCUGCAGGGAGUAUGAAGAAGAAGAAAGAUAAGAAAGAAGAUAAGAGCAAAGCAAAGAGCUCUGGUACGGGAUUCAAAGGACUCUUUAGAUUUGGGAAGAACCGCAAAUCCAUUGGGUCCGAGAAUGCGCUGAAAGGAAAGGACAAAGACAGCAAUAAGAGUCAAAUAUCCGCGACCGAGCGACUUGAACAGGAAGAGGUGGAGAGGAGGAAAGCAAGACAACAGGCCAAACAGGAACACGAAAAAAUCCAAGAGGAAAUUCAGAAGCUGAGAGAAGCCAAGAUCAAGGAAGAGAACCAAGAAGCCCUGAGCAAGGCCGAGAAAAUGAUGCAACUCAGACAACAAUACCAGCAACGCCAUCUUGAUAACCAGGGUCAAUACAUCGAUGACGGAGAGGAAGAUGAGGACGAUUAUACAAGAGUUGAUCCCAACAGUCAUCAAGAGACGAUGAGUCAAACAGCAAGGUUAGAAGCCGCCAGGGCAGAGCAACGAGAAAGAGAGCGUCAGAACAGCAGGGUACCAGAACGAGACAGGUACGAACGGCUCCCUCAGGAAGCUGAAGACAGGAGGAAAGAGCGAAGAGACGAUAUCUAUUCAGAACCCAAGGACAGACGUGAUGAUAGGACAUCGAACAAUAGAUACUCUGAUGAUCCUUACGCGGAUCCCCGCACCCUGAGGAACGGUCAGGACCAAGGGCGGAACUACGACGAUAGGUACAGUCGUAGGAAUGACAGAGACGUGGAAGAGAAUCCAUAUGUAAGGUACAAUGGGAAGAAGGAUCACGGUGCCCAGGAACCAAGGGACGGGCGCCACGAUAGAAACCGGGACAAUCGAUCCUCGGAACCUCCGAAGCAGGAGCGAAGGAGGAGCCUGAAGCGCACAGAUCGCAUUGAAAAUGCAAAGAACAGAGCUGAUGCGAGAGCGCAAGGGAAGGAGAACGUUGAUUUGGAUAAGCAGGAGAAACGGGAGGGCGAUGAGAAGGAGAGGGAAAGGAGGCCAAACGAAAGACGAGCAGAGUAUGCAUCUCGCAGCGAUAGAUCGACGGAGCGUAAGAAUCCGAAACGAGAUGAGCAACGCCAAGAUGCGAGACGAGACGACCGCUAUAAAGACAGUCGGUAUGAUGGAAGGAAGGAUGAAAGGCAUCCUGAUAGAGAGGGAGAGCGAGAUGAGCGCUUUGAUGCUAGGAGGGAUGAUCGGUAUUAUGACCAAGAUGGUGGUAGAAGGCAGGAGGACAGUAGGAGAGAUCGUCAGCCUCCGCGUGAGGAACGUCAUGAUAAAUACCCUGAUCAACGAGAUAGGUAUCGUACUGCCCCACAAGAGGAUCGACAUGGAUAUGGUAGUUUAGACAAACCGAGCAGGAGGCCUCGCGGUAAGGACCCAAACUACUACUCCAUGUCUGAGAAUAGUCGACCCGAGGACGAUUAUGCAAGGACGCAGAACUACUCCCGCCACAACAACUACACGGGCGAGCACCAGCAGGCUCCAAGGCGCACCUCGUACCCCAACGGCCCCGUCCCCAACCAUACGUCUUACCCCUCCUCCUCUGGGCCAGGUGGGGAUCGUGCCAGGCGAGCCAACUCCACCUCCGACUACCUGGAGUACAAGGACAUGCCGCCGAGGUCAAAGUCGGUUUCGGACCAACUCAUGGAUGAAUACCAGUACGAUUCAAGGCGGGCUCCGGCCGGGCCAAGGAAAGGAAAUCAGCAGCGACCCAAUGACAUGGGCGAAGGGCGGAUGUAUAAUGAUUAUGAUGACGCCGCUCGUGUCUGAACCCUGAACUUGACAGAGAGCCAUUGCUUCACAGCCACGGCGUGAUGUUGCUUUGAGUGAACAGUUUCACUGCCAUCAAUAAAUUGCCUUAAAUUUCCAGAGAGGCCGGCGUACCAGCUUUUUUACAUCUUCCAGUUUUCUUUGAAGAUUAUUAACCAUUAAUGCCUACGUUGCGUGUUAUGGCAAAGGAGAUCAUUUUUAUGGGGGCAUCAGAUGAUCUGCUUGGUGAAUUUGAUUUGAAUGAUAUGGACAUUCCGGUUUAAACAUUAACUUGUUUAUCAGUCUACUAAGCAGCAUUUUAGCUUCUGAUUUAUAGAGUGCUGGUUUCACUACAUAUUGUGAAAAUACAUUGGUCAAAAAAGUGUAGAGAUCUACACUUUUACGUAGAAACUAUAGGGCCAAUUAGGCUUCUAUAUUAAACAUAAACAUCUCAGUGUUGAAAAGAUAUUCUUCGCAGUACUCCAUAUGUUGUACCUGCAGCUUGGAAAAUAUAAAAUAUAAAGUACUGUAAUGAUAAUGACUUGGAGGAGUACUGUUAUCCAAGUACUAUUUUUUAUUGACAGUAUAUCUGCAUACUACCAUCGACUAUGAGAUCUUGCUUUUGAGUCAAGACAAUCAGUUGAUUUGUCAUUCCUGAUAUAUAGUUUUACGUUGUAAAUAAGAAUGUGUUUCAGGAAAACAGGUUCCUAUAUCUCGUCUUGUGAACUUGUUGCAGCAUGUAUGUGGCGGUCAUGGGAAAAAAGUCCUGCUAUACUGUUCGAUUUUCCUGUCGCUUGGUAUUGGGGUAACGUUCUAUUAACACUUUUACGUUCUUUUAAUACAAAUGUGCUUCCCAAUCCCCAAUCAUUAUGUCUACAACAUAAAGCAAAAUUUUUGCAUUCCAUGGAUUGUGCUAUCGAAAUAUUAAAGCGGGACUGCACUACUUGUAGCUUCUUGCGCCCUCUAUAUAUUGAACAAUGCCUGAGUGAGUGGUACCCGUUGGUCCCCAUGGUUCCCUUUUUCUUUCUUAACACAGGUUUGCAGGAGCUUUAUUAUGUAAAAACUGUGAGAAUGAAUGAAAAUAGAUAAAUAAGACCAAAUAAAAUAAAAUUGAAUGAAAUGGAAUAAUAAUAAUUAAUUAAUAAAUUAGUUAAUAAACAGAUAUAUGAUCACAAUAGGAAAUUAGUAGUGAAUUUCAGAAUGGGAAAUAUAUUUGGUUACAUUAUAAGAUAAAUUCUUCUAACUUUUCUUUUUAAGAUGUUACAUUAGAAUAUGCCUUUAUAAAAACUUCAAUACUGAUUCAAAAUAUUUACAAUGUACUUUUGCAAAACUUUCAAUUCGAUAACUAAUAUGUCAACAUACCCCCCCCCCCCCUACUAAGCCUUUGAGAGGAUAUCUUGUCCCCCUUCCCCUGUUCCUAAAUUUCCCCAAGAAAUCUGUUGUGAAUAUCAGGUACAUGCUAAGUGCCAAUACUGAAGGUUAAUCGUAUGUUGUAUCAAAUCAAGCUCUGUGAGAAUGUACGUCAAACUUAUCAUUAAAAAUACCAAUCUUUUUUAAUGCGCGUGUAAAUAAAUGUAUUCAGAACAUGAGUAUGAAUUUUUGUAUUAACAAUUGUAUU